GGAUUAGAAACAAAGAGGUGAUAUUUUUCAAACUUGCUAUUUUCAAUUUAUGCACAACAAACAUAAAAUAAGAAUAAGACGGCGCACCUUGCAUAGACGAAGAACUUGGAUAUUUGUUGGGGCGGAACAUGUCCAGCUAUCCCAUUGAAGUGCCCAUGCAGCCCUACGCUGGCAGGCUGCUCAUCAUUGAGCAUCUCAUUGUGCCCGACGUCAGCGAUGACCAAAGGCAAGGCUCGGGCAAGAAGGCUAUUGUGGGCCCCAAAUUUUCGGACAUGCCACGUCCAUCGUUCUUUGAGCCAAAAGUUAUUGAAAAGACGCUGCUCAAGUAUUGCAUUCUAGAAGGCAUUUCUAAAGAUUUCAAGGACGAGCUCGUGGAUGCGCUACUGUCAGCCGUGGAGACGUACAUGAAGUACCUGGUGCGAACCGUCAUCGAGCUAUGCGAACAUCGCUCUGGCAACAAUCUCUAUAACGAUCCACGUUGCGUGGUGCAGCAUAAUAUGCGCACCACAAUGAUGUUUCUCAACGAUCGCGAGGUGGCUGACUAUGGCUGUUCGGAUGACGAUUCCGCCUACGGGCACCGCAGGCGCUGGAUGAAGCUGCAGCGCAAUCGCACCAACAACUCGGGUGAAAACGAAAUGCGUCUGGAGUCGACCAAUAGUACGGCCCUCUUGGCGUUGGGUGCACGGAAACCAAUCGGUCCUGGUGUUGCUGGAGGUCAGCUAACAUCUGGAGCCGCUCAGCCACCACAGCGUUCGUUUAUCAUACGCAUCAAGCACAUGAACGUGAAGGAUAUAAUACAGUUCAUGGAGGAGGAGAAGCGCUACAACAAGUCCAAGCUGCUCUAUGAUGCCUAUUUGACGUACAAGUGGUAGAGCGGGGGGACGGGCAGACGCAGUAAGAAUGAGAGAUAGAGAGGGGAUUAGACGAGUCUUUGGGUUGGUUGGCACACACGCGCGUUACGAUUCCAAUUACAGCCAUAUUCAGUCAGUUCAAUGAACUUCCUUUCAAAUAAAUCAGAACAAAAGCCCAAGGAAACA